AUGAUGAAUCGUGAAUCACCUCAGUCAAGUGGUACAACGGUUACCUCACCGUUGUAUGAGUUUCGUUUGUCUGCGAAAAAGGUGGAGUUGCCGGCAUUUACCAGCGACGAUCCGGUGGCGUGGAUGACUCGUGCUGAGACAUACUUUGAAGUACAACGAAUUUCGCAGGAUUGUGGUCGUUUGCAAGAGCAACAGUUUCUUGGUUAUUUCAUUGGUGGUUUACGUCAAGAUAUUCACUCUCGUGUGCGUACUAUCAAGCCUUGUAACCGUUACCUAGCAAUGCAAUUGGCUCGUGAUGUUGAAUGUCAAUUUGCAGUGGCUGCUGGUCAGGAUUCUGGAUCACGUUACAAACCGGGUCAUGGCUCUUGGGCAAAAUCUCAAAAACCUAAUUGGGCUUUUCGCGAAGGGGAAGGUAACAGAUCUGCAAUUCAGACACAGACUAAUAACUAUUUGGGCAAAACGCGUACUGGUUCUGGGUUCUGGAUCUCAAACCGGGUCAACACGCCCUACCAAUUCUACAGCAUCUUCUCGCCCAAAUUUAGGAGACAAUUCGCGCCGUCAAUCUUGUGGUGUUCGCCAUCUACCAAGUGCAGAGGUUAA